GAAGAGGGGUACGGUGCAAUCGCUUUUAGCGUCGUAGCGAAUCCUCUCAAGACCGAGCUCAUUUGUUCCGGGAGGAAACAUUCUGCUCCUCUAAGAGCGUCGGGAAGGAGAGAAGCUGGGAGUGACGCCUCUGAGCCGCGGAGGAUUGUGGGAGGAGGUUGUCUCCAAUUUCUCCUCCCCCCUCCCCCCGUCCCAGCCAAGAUGUCUGACAUGGAGGAUGAUUUCAUGUGCGAUGAUGAGGAGGACUACGACCUGGAAUACUCUGAAGAUAGUAACUCUGAGCCAAAUGUGGAUUUGGAAAAUCAGUACUAUAAUUCCAAAGCAUUAAAAGAAGAUGACCCAAAAGCAGCAUUAAGCAGUUUCCAAAAGGUUUUGGAACUUGAAGGUGAAAAAGGAGAAUGGGGAUUUAAAGCACUGAAACAAAUGAUUAAGAUUAACUUCAAGUUGACAAACUUUCCAGAAAUGAUGAACAGAUAUAAACAACUAUUGACCUAUAUUCGGAGUGCUGUCACAAGAAAUUAUUCUGAAAAAUCCAUUAAUUCUAUUCUUGAUUAUAUCUCUACUUCUAAGCAGAAUUCUGAUUUUUUAUGUCAGAUGGAUUUACUGCAGGAAUUCUAUGAAACAACACUGGAAGCUUUGAAAGAUGCUAAGAAUGACAGACUGUGGUUUAAGACAAACACAAAGCUGGGGAAAUUAUAUUUAGAACGAGAGGAAUAUGGAAAACUUCAAAAAAUUUUACGCCAGUUACAUCAGUCCUGCCAGACUGAUGAUGGAGAAGAUGACCUGAAAAAAGGCACACAGUUAUUAGAAAUAUAUGCUUUGGAAAUUCAAAUGUACACGGCACAGAAAAAUAACAAAAAACUUAAAGCACUCUAUGAACAGUCACUUCACAUCAAGUCUGCCAUCCCUCAUCCAUUGAUCAUGGGAGUUAUCAGAGAAUGUGGUGGUAAAAUGCACUUGAGAGAAGGUGAAUUUGAAAAGGCACACACUGAUUUUUUUGAAGCCUUUAAGAAUUAUGAUGAAUCGGGAAGUCCACGACGAACCACUUGCUUAAAAUAUUUAGUCUUAGCAAAUAUGCUAAUGAAAUCGGGGAUAAAUCCAUUUGACUCACAGGAGGCCAAACCUUACAAAAAUGAUCCAGAAAUUCUAGCAAUGACGAAUUUAGUAAGUGCCUAUCAGAAUAAUGACAUCACUGAGUUUGAAAAGAUUCUAAAAACAAAUCACAGCAACAUCAUGGAUGAUCCUUUCAUAAGGGAACAUAUUGAAGAGCUUUUGCGAAACAUCAGAACACAAGUGCUUAUAAAAUUAAUUAAGCCUUACACAAGAAUACAUAUUCCUUUUAUUUCUAAGGAGUUAAACAUAGAUGUAGCUGAUGUGGAGAGCUUGCUGGUGCAGUGCAUAUUGGAUAACACUAUACAUGGCCGAAUUGAUCAAGUCAACCAACUCCUUGAACUGGAUCAUCAGAAGAGGGGUGGUGCCCGAUAUACUGCACUAGAUAAAUGGACCAACCAACUAAAUUCUCUCAACCAGGCUGUAGUCAGUAAACUGGCUUAACAGAGAACAAGCUUUUACAGACAUACUUAAGGCAACAGUGCAGAGAUGUAACCCUUAAAAGAACUGGGAAUGGCAAAACUACUGUCGGUUGAUGUGUCCUGAAAAUUAUUGGAGUUAUGGCAGAAGUGCUUUUUUUGAUCAACUGGUUUGUGUUUUGCUGCUGCAUUUAUCCCAAGAAAAAAAAAAACAGCUUUAAUCUCCAGAAGAAAACCAAAAUGCCAUGGGAUUUAUGCUGUAUUGACAUCUUGCCCUAAAACAUACAACAUCAUAGUAAUUUGUCGUGGGCAACAUGACCAGAGAGAAGAUUUUUGUCAUGAUUUUAAAUACACUGACACGCUACUGUUGGUUAAAUUUAAACAUGUUUUACCUGCAGAAAUUCUCUCACAAAUAACCUGCAAUAACUUGAAAUGCAUACCCUUUUGAACACUUCCUUUUCUCAUGUAUAAAUUAAAAUGUUUGCUGCAUUUUGCAAAAUGUCAAUUCUCCAAAAAUGUGUCCGUAUAUUUCUGUACCUGCAGUGUAGUAAAGGUUUAGAUGAAACCCCAUAAUUAUAGUGGCAUACUGUCACUUAGGUUUCAAGCAGCAAAAUAAACAGUGCAGCUCAGAAAUUGUAGUUUGGUUCUUGAUGUGUUUUUAUUACAUGUGGGGUUUUUGUUUUGUUUUUUAGUACCUUAGAAAUGUCAAAUUAUUUUUCUUCAGUUAAUAAUUUUAAAAAGCCUGGAAGUAAAUAAGUUGGUUAUUUGCUUUCAAGUUUUUAAAAGUAGUCUUUAUUGAUACGGAGAAUUAGUUUCUAACAAAAAACACUUGCGUAGUACUUAACUUUGACAGUGAUACUUUAAAGGAAUAAUUUUGUUUUUAAAGAAUGAUACUCCUUUUUAAAAGAUUCUAACUCUCAGAAUGUUCACUUUAAACAAAUAUGCCAGAAUAUAGACAGCUAAAUGAAUGUUACCCUGCAUAGUGAUCAUGCUGGAAAAUUAUUUCCUAAUUCCAGCAGUCUGCCAUUGCUCAAAACCUCUUGGGUUUUACUCUUUCAGAAUUGUAUUCAGAGCUAAUUUAAGUCACACACACUGUUAACUUUAUGAUUACAUAAUUGUUAAAAAAGUAUUAUCCAACUUUUGUUCUGUGUGCUGUGCUGUGCUCAGUCAAGUCCAGCUCUUUGUACGACCCCAUGGACUGCAGCCCGCCAGGCUCCUCUAUCCAUGGGAUUCUCCAGGCAAGAGUACUAGAGUGGGUUGCCAUUUCCUCUUCCAGAGGCUCUUCCUGAAGACCCAGGGACUGAACCCGUGACUCUUGCAUCUCCUGUAUUGGCAGGCAGAUUCUCUACCACUAGCACCACCUGGGAACCUCUGAUUGUUCUAUGGUUAACCAUUAUUUGGCACCAAAUGUCUUUUUACUGUUUUCAAAAAUUAAAUCUAUCUUUGAGGUAAUAGUAGGAAUAUGCAACUGGCUCUGAAGGCAAUCCCAGAAGAGUUGUAAAGGUCUUUUGAGCAGUGGUAGCAUAGUUAGGAGAAUGAACUGUGGCCUUGAAGGUAAUACCUGAAAGGAGAUGCAGCUCAUUUGAAUGUAUUGAGUUUUGGAUGUAUUUGUUUCAUUUAAAAAAAAAAAAAAGUUGACAUUAUUUUAUAGUGUCAAAGGAAGAACUAAGAUUAAGAUAAUUUCUCUGGUUUUUCUAUUGCUUGUUAUUAUGUAAAGAAGUGAGUGGCAGUUCAGAAGGAAGACUGUUAUAGCUAAAGAAUGACAACCAAGAAUUUUUGAUCUUUAAAUCAGAUUUUAUAAACAGUGGAAGGAGCAUGGACUUAAAACAAGGCAUGCUUAUUCGAUUUUGUCAAAAUUUUACGAAAAUAUGUGAUAUAUAUUUAUACUAAAACUAUAUAAUCCUUAGAUUUAGGAGAGCAAUCAGUUAAUGUCUUUAGCAGAUUAAAGCAGUAUUAAAUACAGGUUCAACUUGAAAAUGUAGAAAACUGAAAGAAAAUGAAAGACAAUGUCUCUGGUAGGGAAUAAAAAAGUUUAAGAUAUUAUAAAACUAUGUGUAUUUUCUUUUCUUUUGCAUAAAUCAUUUGUGGAAAAUGUGCUAAGUUUUUUUUUUUUUUUUUUUCUUAACAGGAGUGGUCAUAAUUAGGAUUUAUUUUUCAACAUAAUUUAGAAACUCUUGUUACCCAAAUAAAAAUGACAAGUUUCUGUGCCUGUAUUCAAAUAUGUAUGCAUGUGAUAUAAUUGGAAAAAAGAUUUUGCUUAUGUUUGAAUUGAUGGAAUUAGAAUUCAGGGGAUUUGAAUGAUAUGGUUUAAUCUCUAACCCUAUCCUUCGAGUUGUAACAGGCCCAGUUCUCCUGUGGUAUCUUUGCUGUGUGCAGUGGUGCAUCUUCCAGUUUCUAGAGGGAAAGCAUGCACUUGUUAUUUUUUGGAAAGUUAGCGUUAGUAUCUAACAUUAUCCAAGGUUACACCGUAAUCUUUCAUUUAUUGUAAUUGUAUGCAUCACAUAGACUUUGUUUAAUAUUCCCUAAGUAUGGAUUUGUUCUUUUUUAAAAGUCACUUGCCCUAUUUGUUUUUAAACACAGGUUUUUGGUAAACCUUAACAGCCUAACUUAAAACUAUUUGUUACAUUUUUCCCCCCUUUGAAGAUUUUCUGUGUUUUUGUGCAUCAAAUCUUUUAGAGGUGAACUCUUAGAGAUUGCUUAUUAAAAUAUAACUAAAUUUAAGAAAAGUAAAAAAAAAAAAAUUGAUUGGCAAAUUCUUAGUAUUUAAAUUGCUCAUUAAAUCUGGCCCUCUUUGUGAGAACUAAUAACAAGUAGCUUACACCAUAUUUCUUUUUGCCCCUAAACCUGGAUAAACUCACUUCACAGUAAUCUUUGACUGCCACGAAUAGAUACUGUUUCAGGAACUGGAUUUCCAUUACUCAUUCUAGCUCUUAACAUUAAUUUUUCAGUUGUUGAUUAAAUAUUUUUCUCCACAUCUGAUGUAAUAUAACUUUUUUUAAGUUGACAUAUUUAUGUAUGUACUAAGAAUUGCUUUCAUUACAGGAGUCCCUUCAAACUAAAGGUUAUACUGUCUUUUCAGGAGUACUAAGAAUCUGAUUUUACAUGGGAGUAUAGAUUUAGUGAAGCCUGUUUUAAAUGGGUGACACUGUGGGCAAUGUAGUAUUUUUUAUCACCUUAAAAUAGGAUACCAGUUUGUCACUGAUUAGAAAACAUGUGUUUUUUAUAUUUAAAAUAUCAAUGAUAGUAAACAUUUUUUAAGUAAUUUUCUUUUUUAAUCAGUAGUGUUUAUAAUUCCUCAGUAAACUCAGGUAAGUAAACUUUUCUUUUGUGUUGGGGCUGGGAGUGAGGGUGUCCAAAGAAGCAGAUUAUACUGGUAUAGAAUAACAGUCAAUUUACUCCAAGAAUAAAAAGGUAUUUGCCUGGUA